CAUGAAUGGCUGAAUAAUAAGUAUUUAUGCAAUACUUGAGUAGUGUUUGAUUGGUUAAUAUAUUUGGCAUUUAAUAAUACAUACAAAUGUUUGACGAGUUGUUUGUGUAAAAGUAUAGCCAAUGUUUGACUCUAUGUUUUGAUCUAAACAUUAAUUAAUUGAUAAUUAAUUUGAUUCAACACAUUGUUAUAAUACUAGUGUUAAGCAUAUGAUUGAAGUCUAUACAAGAAAUAGCAUUUGAAGCAAAGUAAUUGGUGGCCAUCGGUAAUAAAGUUUGACUAAUCAUUGGUCAUGUGUCCCGUCGUGUUAUUAGCGCUAAUAUUAUCGGUAAUACUCUUAUUACUUGAAGUGACGGCCGCCCUAUCGGUUACUUUCAGACCAUCACAAGUGAAACAAUUGAAAGAGGAUCAGCUCAUCGAUGUGUCAUUCAAUCUGAACACUUCAAUCAAUAAGUUUAAUACAAGAAAUAAUUAUUACGAGAUCUAUAUCGAUGACCAAUCAAUUGUUGAAGUAGUCGGCAAUAAGACAUUAAAUUUGGACAAUAAUUUGCACCAAAACUAUACAUUUGAGUUGAGGGGCAAAUCAUUGGGUCAUUCGUGGCUUGAAGUGGUCAACAAAAAUAAUACCGACGAUCGUAGCGAACGGUUGGCCAUCAGUGUUAUUCGGCCAUCGAGUCGAUUGACUAAAAUCUUUACCAUAUGUGUUGCUGUGUUGAUAUCAAUCAAUUAUAUCAAUAUGGGAUGUGCUCUGGAUUUAAAUGUUGUCCUCCAAGUGAUCAAAAGGCCAAUCGCACCGAUCAUUGGAUUUGUAUGUCAGUAUGGGUUCAUGCCUUUGAUGGCAUAUAUUGUGGGCAAAGUGUUGUUAAGGGAGUCAUACUUACAGUUAGGUUUGUUUGUGUUCGGCGCCAGUCCUGGUGGUGGGGCCAGCAAUAUGUGGACAGUACUAUGCGGUGGUAACCUUAAUCUCAGUAUUACCAUGACUUUUAUCAGCACUUUAUCAGCUAUUUUUAUGAUGCCUCUAUGGUUGUUCACAUUGGGUCGCAAUAUAUUUGAAGGCACGACAACUACAGUUCCUUUACAUAAUAUAUUUGGUUCAUUAGCAUCAAUGACCAUAUUUUUAGGCGUCGGACUAUUAUUUCAAAGAUUUAUACCACGAGUUGCCAAUAUAUGUCGCAAAAUUUUAGCCCCUGUUUCUAUUGCAAUGAUUAUAUUUAUAGUAAUAUUUGGCACUUAUGCCAAUUUAUAUAUGUUUCGAUUGAUGUCAUGGCGUAUACUAUUAUCGGCGUCUAUUAAUGUUUGGUCAGGAUUUUUGAUCGGACUUUUAGCAUCAAUACUCUUAAAGCAAUCAUCUGUUAAUCAGAUUGCAAUUGCCAUCGAAACUGGUAUCCAGAAUACAGGUGUUGCCAUUGUAUUACUGGGUUUAUCUCUUCCACAGCCGGAUGCAGACCUGGCAUCCGUCAUACCUGUGGCCGCCUCUGUUAUGACACCCAUUCCUCUAACUAUUGUUUAUAUAAUAAUUAAAGUUAAAAAUUGUUUAAACAAAGAAUCCAAAGUAAAUCUAAACUCAGGAGCAUUGGACGACUCAAUUGUUAAUGAGUGCUUAAAUCCAAAUAAGACCAUUAGUUCAACUCUUCCUCUAAAUGGUGACAACAAAAACCUUCAAAAGUACACUUACGAUCAGAUCAAUUGGACAAAUGGAAACAUAUGAUUGUUUGCAUACAUU